ACCCACCCCCAAGAAAAGAACAAGUCCAACUCUCCCAGGCGAAUCAGCAUUCACAGCAAAAACCACACCACCUUGGCAACAAGCAAGGGCAGGCGCGAGCGAACAUCGCAGCAACAAGCAAGGGUAUGGCGAGGCAGCAGCUGAAGGUGUCGGCGGCGGCGGACACGGCGUCGUGGUGCUUGGCGCUGUCGCUGGUGGCGCUGCUGCUGGUGUGCUCGCUCGGCGCCGGCGGGGCGGGGGCAAGGGAGGAGGCCAUGCUGCCGCAGGUGCGUGGCGCGGCGCUGUCGGCGCGGCCGUGCGAGGAGAUCUACGUGGUGGCGGAGGGCGAGACGCUGCACAGCAUCAGCGACAGGUGCGGCGACCCCUACAUCCUGGAGCAGAACCCGCACGUCCACGACCCCGACGACGUCUUCCCCGGCCUCGUCCUCAAGAUCACGCCAUCCAAGCCCAGGUAGAAGUAGAACCAUCGAUCGACAACCAUCUAUGAUUGAGGGCAAGCACAACACAUAGGUGCUCUGUUCUGUUGGAGCAAAUCAAGGAUGCAUCAGUGCAGUGUAGCAAUGCAGAGGAGGUAGCAGCUCGAUGUGAGUGAAGCGUGGUUUGGCUGACUGCCUGCCUGCCUGUGUACACGGGACAUCACUUGUGAAUAGACAAGUUCAUGAGAUGAACAGAGUAUGUUCUCUGAUGCUGCUGCUAGCUGCUCGUCGUCUUCUUUCCUUUGUCUGCAAUGCAAGAAAAUUCUCUAUUGUUCUGUC